AUGGCAUCAACAGUUAUGGCUGGAAGCCCUUCUCCGGUUUCAGACGGGGCAAAGUUAAUGCACGAGAAGAUGAUAGAGGGAAAGCAGGCAUCUUAUUCACAGCAGGAGCUCAUGAAAAUAAUGAAGUUUAAAUCGUCACAAGAGCUAAUGAAGUUAGCCCAAGAAUUGUUGAAUCAUGGCCUGUUGAAGAUUAUGGAGACUGUUAAAAAGGAUUCAAAGGAAAAGGGGAUUGUUUUUGCUCCAAUUUCGGAACAAGAAGCUCAAAAAGUCAGUGGCAUGUCUAACGAUGAGGCCAUGGUUUAUUCGUACAUUGAAGCAGCUGGAAGAGAAGGAAUAUGGACCAAGACAUUAAAGGUGAAAACAAAUUUACACCAGCAUGUUGUUUUAAGAUGUUUGAAAUCUUUAGAAUCGCAAUCAUAUAUCAAAGCAGUGAAAUCGGUGAAGCACCCCCAGCGUAAGAUAUACAUGUUGUAUCACCUUACACCUUCCAUAGAAGUUACGGGAGGUCCCUGGUUUACAGACUCAGAGUUGGAUACAGACUUUAUAGACUCACUUCUGAUUAUUGUUUGGAAAUUUGUUGCUUCAAAAACAUUUCCUAUGUGUUUCAAAGGCAAGGGAACUAUAGUUGGUGGACACAAGCAACUCAGUUAUCCGGCCUCAAUGCUUUCUGGUAUGGGAGGACAACUCCCAACUUUGGCUCGAAUUGGUCAGUUUAUAGCUAGCUCUGGUGUGACUACUGUCGAAUUAACACUGGAUAACGUAAAGUCUUUAUGUGAUGUCUUAGUCUACGAUGAAAAGUUAGAGAUGGUUAAUGCACAUUGUUACAAAGCCACUUGGCAAAGUGUGUUAGAAGCUGGAGGCGGAAAAAUUGAAGGUGUGGACAUCUAUCAGCCUCAAAAUGAUGAAAUAUUCAAUAUAGAUGACAGUUAUAGAACGAUGGAUACAGCAAACGUAUCCGUGGAUGAUGUUACAGGUAAAGAUGAUCAUAAGAAUAAUAGCAGUUCACAGACUCAUUUUUAUUUGGAUUCAUGGUACAGAAUUUAA